AUGCCCAUCUGGGUGCUCUUUAAAUAUGGUGCCCGCACCAUUGACCCUGAGAGAUGUGGCGCACAAUGUCUGCGGCUCAGGCUCCAGCUCUUCAAAUCAGAUCCGAAGUUCCUCAAGCUGCAAACACUUACUACACAUGUCAUCGCUCUGGAUCACAUUGGCUCAACAAAUGCCUGUGAGAAGACCUCCUUUAUGUUUCUGAGGCAAGAGCUGCCUGUGAGACUCUCUAAUAUUAUGAAGGAAAUCAAUCUCCUCCCAGACCGGCUACUUGGCACACCUUCUGUUCAGUUAGUCCAAAGCUGGUAUGUUCAAAGUCUCUUGGAUAUGCUUGAGUUUUAUGACCAGAACCCUGAUGACCUGAGAGUUUUAUCAAGUUUUACAGAUGCUUUAAUCACAAUCCGGAAUAGGCAUAAUGAUGUUGUUCCAACAAUGGCACAAGGUGUUAUUGAGUACAAGGAAUCUUACUUGGAAGAUAGCAUUACUCGUCAAAAUGUACAGUACUUUCUGGAUCGAUUUUACAUGAGCCGUAUUUCCAUCAGAAUGCUCAUCAAUCAGCAUACACUAAUUUUUGAUGGCACAACAAACCCAGCUCAUCCCAAGCACAUAGGCAGUAUUGAUCCAGACUGUGAAGUUGUAAAUGUCAUCAGGGAUGCAUAUGAAACAGCUAAACUCCUUUGUGACCAAUAUUACAUGGACUCCCCUGCACUGGAAGUGGACCAAUACAAUGGUAAAGUUGCAUGA